AUAUAUGUAUUUUAAUAUUAAACCAGCUUAAUAUACAAGUUCAAAUCCGGUGUUUAAAAGAUUGAACACCAUAUUUUAUCAUGAAUCCUGGUUUAUACUUUGCCAUAGGCAGAAAAGCUAGAGAUGUUCUUUACAAGGAUUAUGGUCAAGCUGAACAACACCGACCACUACAGGGUCGCGACCAAAGUUAUGAUUGGAGUUUCAAUUUCUCAUGUCAACUUGAAGAGGUUUUACCAGGAUUGAACACGGUUUUUAGCGUUAUUAUUCCGGAUUCGAGCAAGGCAGAACUGCAAUACUUGCGUGAGUAUGUGGGGUUUAGUGCAGGAUUAGGAAUGAAGGCAAACAAUCAAAACAGAUUCGAUCCUGUAGCAAACAUCUCGGGUGUAAUAGGAAGCACUUUUUUCUCUCUCGGAGCCGACGUGGGCAUCGAUCUAACAAGAAGGACACUCAACCAAUUCAGUACUGGUUUUAGCUUGAAUUGUGCCUUCCUUAUUGCUUCCUUGACGCUGAGUGAUGGUUUCGACAGCUUGAAAGCAUCAGUUUACCAUCCGCUGAACCCCCCGACCAGGACCGGAAUCGCAGCCGAGUUGAAGCAUAAAAUGUCGGAGGAGGCAACCACGCUUACACUCGGAGCGCAGCAUGCACUGCUACCGUUUACAUUGGUUAAGGCCCGAAUGAAUACCGAUGGCAAAGUCAGUGGCGUUCUUCGGCAGGAAAUUUGGCAAAAGCUGUAUGUCUCCGUUUCCGGGGAGCUGGAUUUAAGGGACCAUAAUAGUAUUCCAAGAAUUGGAGUUUCAAUGGCUGUCAAGAACUAGAAUAUCCAAUCCAUUAUACUCGGUUGAUUUUGUUGCC